AUGACCAAGGGUGUAGUGGUGCGACCUAUUCUGACCAAGGAGUUUGCAUGUAGAGGCCAGGUUGAUUUAAUAGACAUGCAGGCUAUGGCACACUCCAACUACAAGUGGAUCAUGGUUUACCAGGACCACCUGACCAAAUUUUGUGUCAUCCGACCACUCACCACCAAGCGUGCCUCAGAGGUUGCCUUCCAGCUCAUGGACAUAUUCCUCCUCAUGGGAGCUCCUGUCAUUCUCCAGAGUGACAAUGGUUCAGAGUUUACAUCCCAUGUGAUCACAGAGCUGAAGGAGGUGUGGCCAACCCUUAAGCUUGUACAUGGCAAACCCCGUCAUCCACAAAGCCAAGGUUCUGUAGAACGUGCAAAUGGAGACAUCAAGGACAUGUUAGUGGCAUGGAUGGCAGACAAUGAAACACAGAACUGGGCUACAGGCAUCAAGUUUGUACAAUUCCAGAAGAACUCAGCACAUCACUCGGGGAUUAAGUGUUCACCAUACUCGGCCAUGUUUGGGUGUGAAGCUCGAGUGGGCUUAACCUCUUCAGCACUACCCACAGAAGUGAUCUACAGGAUGGAGAGUGAGGAUGAUCUUCUGGCUGCUUUCUCGUGUAGCACACCUCAUACACAAGAAGCUGACAUCAUACAAGUCAUCUCAAGCAGCACAACUCCUUCUCAUGAAACUGACAGCAUCACAGCCUUAUCAAACAGCCCAGCUUCUUCUCAUGAAACUGACAGCAUACCAGCCUCCUCAAGCAGCCCAACAUCUCCACAUGAAACUGACAGUAUACCAGCCGACUUAAGCAGCCAAACUCAGCCAUCAGUCACCACCACACCAAUCUUGGAAGACCACACUAUCCAGAUCAGGAAGCGUAGAGCUGAAGCCUAUACAGCACUACUAUCUCAGGCAGAGAGGAUGGAUCUCAAAACCGGUGUGCCUGGGGACAAUGUGGCUGUUCCUAUACCGCCAGUAGAUCGUGGCAGAGGGGAUCCUCGUAACAUUCUUAGUGUCAUCGUCAACAGAGACGUCGACACUGACCAGUACAAGAAUGCUGUAAAGGCGGGUGUUUUAAAGGGACAAUACUCCAGGAACUAG